ACUACUUUAGUUUGUCACAUCCAAACAGCCCUUAACUUCGCCAAAACCCUAGCUCGCCUAUAACUUUCAAAUAAAACCUAGCGCCUCCAGGAGGAGAGACACACACAGCCAAAAUGUCGAAGCGAGGACGUGGAGGAUCGGCGGGUAACAAGUUCAGAAUGUCGCUGGGUCUGCCGGUGGCGGCGACAGUGAACUGCGCCGAUAACACUGGUGCGAAGAACCUGUACAUCAUUUCGGUGAAGGGGAUCAAGGGAAGGCUCAACAGGCUGCCCUCAGCCUGCGUCGGAGAUAUGGUGAUGGCUACGGUGAAGAAGGGGAAACCAGAACUCCGUAAGAAGGUCAUGCCCGCUGUCAUUGUACGCCAGCGCAAACCAUGGCGCCGAAAGGAUGGUGUCUUCAUGUACUUCGAAGGUUCUGUGCAAGUUUACUCCUCUCUUCCUCCCAGUUUUCAUUUUUAGUUUGAACAAUAUUGUGCAAGUGAUCUCGCAUGCCUUUUUUUAUGACUUGUGAUCUUCUUAUUGAUUUUUUGUAUUGGAAAGUAUUAGAAGACAUGCAAUUUCAGUUUCCCGGGCUAUAUAUAAUCCUGUAGACAAUUUGUACAGUCCUUUUGCAUCGUUCCUUUUUUGCUGCUUGAAUGAAAAAUAUUAUCGGGUUGGCACUUUUAUCCAA